CCAUGGGACCCGAUGCGCCGGAGAGGUGGCCGCUGCCAGGGAUAACGGAAUUUGCGGAGUCGGUGUGGCCUACGACUCGAAGAUUGCAGGAAUUCGAAUGCUGGACCAACCCUACAUGACCGAUCUGAUCGAGGCGAACUCCAUGGGCCACGAGCCGAACUUGAUCGAUAUAUACAGCGCUUCCUGGGGCCCCACCGACGAUGGGAAGACCGUGGACGGGCCGAGGAAUGCGACGAUGAGAGCUAUAGUCCGUGGCGUCAACGAAGGUCGCGGCGGAUUGGGCAACAUCUACGUCUGGGCGAGCGGCGACGGUGGUGAAGAUGACGAUUGCAAUUGUGAUGGGUACGCCGCGAGCAUGUGGACGAUCAGCAUUAACAGCGCAAUCAACGAUGGACAGAAUGCCCAUUACGAUGAAAGCUGUUCAUCCACUUUGGCAUCGACUUUCAGCAACGGCGCCAAAGACCCGAACACCGGAGUGGCCACCACCGAUCUUUACGGGAAAUGUACGACGACCCACUCGGGUACAUCGGCUGCCGCCCCCGAAGCCGCCGGCGUCUUUGCUUUGGCAUUGGAAGCCAACAAUAAACUGACUUGGAGGGACAUCCAGCAUUUGACGGUGUUGACGUCGAAGAGGAAUUCUCUGUUCGACGCGAAGGGCCGUUUCCAUUGGACCAUGAAUGGAGUCGGUCUGGAAUUCAACCAUCUCUUCGGAUUCGGGGUGUUGGAUGCUGGUGCCAUGGUUGCACUAUCUAAGCAAUGGAAAUCUGUACCACCUCGUUACCAUUGCGAAGCCGGGACAAUUUCAGAAUUGCAUCAAAUUCCAUCGCACAAGUCUCUGAUCCUGAAGAUAGACACGAACGCUUGUCAGGGAGACAGCACCGAGGUGAAGUAUUUGGAGCACGUCCAGGCCGUGCUGACGGUGAACUCCACGCGUCGCGGCGACUUGGAGCUCUUCCUCACGUCUCCGAUGGGCACCAGAUCGAUGAUCCUCUCCAAGAGAAUCAACGACGACGACGGACGCGACGGUUUCACCAAGUGGCCCUUCAUGACCACCCACACCUGGGGAGAGUAUCCGCAAGGAACUUGGCUUCUCGAGGCCAAAUUCAACACGGACAAUCCUCAAAGCGGUUUCGUGAAGGAAUGGUCUCUGAUGCUGCACGGAAGCAAGGAACCACCGUACACCGACCUCAAUGUUCUUGAUCCGCACUCGAAAUUGGCUAUAGUUAAGAAGGCCCACGAAGGUAGAAUGCAGAUGUAAUUCUUCCUACUGCUGCUGCGACGCACGUACAUUUCCACUCUACCUUAUGUAAGAUUUAUCUCGAGGAAACAAAUAUGAAAAAAAAGUAUUUAUAUAACUUUAAUGAAA